GUAGUCUCACAUUCAACUUGGCAAAAAGUUGGCAGGCUUGGCCACAUUAGGGCAAGAAAAAACAUUGGUUGGUUUCCAAGUUGGAAACUAGCCAUAGACCCAAAAAUCUGUGACUUGUCUAGUUUGUACUUUCAAAACCGGCGUGGGAUUUAAAUUUGGCUGUAAAUCAGCCAACCUGGUAACCCUGAUGGAGGGUGUAACUGGUGACCCAUUUGUAAGCUUUUUGGAAAAAUCAUUCAGUUGUUGCAGAAACAUCACUCAAACGAUGACUAAUCUGACCAUGUGAUUAUUGUAGUUUCAGUUCCUGUUCUGUAGUAGCAGAAAAUAAAAUGGAAUAAGAUGGAUUAUCAUGAUUGUCCCUGAGGGAUCUGGGAUGUGCCAUUUAUAUAUCUGAUGUGUUUGUUCCCAGAGCACCGAAAAGAAGACAGAGAGUUUAGACCUUGAUCCGGAUUCGCGUUCGGAUGCACAAAAUGAGCCGGUGGAUUCAGUGAGCAGAGGUUCUGGGGAAGCAGCGCAAGGAAAGAGGAGAAAUCAUCACAACCAUUCAUUGUGCUGAGCCAGGACGAGUAUGCGGAGCACCAUUCCUCCAUCAUGCACUGCAGGGUCGACUGCUCCGGGUGCCGGGUGGCUAGUGUGGAUGUUGACGGGGUGAUUAAAAUCUGGUCUAUUGAUGGCAUCAUGCAGACAAAAGCUUCCGCCAUCUCCAAGUCGGCUCUGCUCUCCCUGGAAUGGACGACAAAGAGAGACAGACUGAUCAGUUGCAAGCGGACAGCCACACAAAACUGCUCAAAUGAGGAUUUCUUUGUCCCCAGUGCUGUCUGAGGACCAUAGAUAUAUUUGAAUAACAUCAUAAUCCGUGCCAUCAGCCUGAUGAGUUGCAGCCAAUGAUGGGCCAGAAAGGUUGAAGAAGAAAGGUUGACAACCAUCUCAUUGAGGUCAACCUUUCCAAAGCCACCCAUCCAGAGAACAAGAAAACAAAACCAUGAUAGUUCUAAUUCUAUGAGUUGUGAACCAAAAUUGGAUCUCUGUGCAGUUCAAGUGGGUCUCAGUGAAGUUCCUUCUACAUUAGUAUUUAAAAUAAGGCACAUCAUUACUUUUGAGCCAAUGCUGGGGUCACAACGCUAACUCCAACUGGGUCCUCUAAGAAACCAUUCCCUGCAAGCCCAACUGCCAAUUCAGCCUCAUGAGUUGCAACCAAUGAUGACCAAAAAGGCAUCCAUCCAUUUGCCUGAACCUGAGCACAUACACACUAGGUUGACAACCAUCUCAUUGAGGUCAACCUUUACAAAGCCACCCAACCAGAGAACAAGAAAACAAAACCAUGAUAGUUCUAAUUCUAUGAGUUGGGAACCUAAAUUGGGUCACUGUGCAGUUCAUGGUGGGUCUCAGUGAAGUUCCUUCUACAUCAGUAUUUAAAAUAAGGCACAUCAUUACUUCUGAGCCAAUGCUGAGGUCACAACGCUAACUCCAGCUGGGUCCUCUAAGAAACCAUUCCCUGCCAGCCCAACUGUCAAUUCAGCCUCAUGAGUUGCAGCCAAUGAUGCCCAAAAAGGCAUCUAUCCAUUUGCCUGAACAUACACACUAAGUUGACAACCAUCUCAUUGAGGUCAACCUUUUCAAAGCCACCCAUCCAGAGAAUAAGAAAACAAAACCAUUCACAUGAUGAGUCUAAUUCUAUGAGUCACCCAUCCGAAUAAAAAACCAAAACCAUGAUGGUUCUAAUUUUAUGAGUUGGGAACCCAAUUUGGGUCUCUGUGAGGUCCAUAGUGGGUCUCAGUAAAGUUCCUGUUACAUCAACAUCUGAAAUAAGGCAGAUCAUUACAUC